AUGAGCUCAGACAACGUCGCCAAGUUUGGCAAGAGCGCCAAUGAUGCUGAGCAAGACCCGUCGAACCUGAAGACUUCAAUGUCCAAUGCGGAAGGCUCCUCUGCGGAGACGGGCCAACUGAAAAGGGAGUUCAAAGAGCGGCAUGUCUCCAUGAUUGCGGUCGCUGGCGCCAUCGGCACCGGCCUCAUCAUUGGCUCUGGAACCGGUCUCGUCAGGGGCGGGCCCGCAAGUCUGCUGAUUGCGUAUACCAUCAUUGGAGCCGUGGUCUUCUUCAUCAUGACGGCCGUUGGCGAAAUGGCGACGAUGCUGCCCUCUGACAAGGGAUUUGCUGGGUACGCUACCCGAUUUGUUGAUCCAGCUCUUGGGUACGCAACGGGAUGGAACUACUUUUUGAAAUACGCCAUAGUUCUACCGAACAACCUCACAGCGGCUGGCAUCAUCAUUCAAUACUGGCGACCCGAUCUCAACGUUGCAAUCUUCGUGACGACUUUUACUGUCGCAAUCAUUGCGGUCAAUGUCCUCCAUGUGUCCUUCUUUGGCGAAGCGGAAUUCUGGAUGUCAACAGUCAAACUACUGGUCAUAAUCAUGCUCGUCCUCACCUGCUUCAUCAUCUCAAUGGGCGGCCAACCUUCCGGCGAAGUAAUCGGCUUUAAAUACUGGCACAACCCGGGCGCCUUCGGAUCCUACCUCGUCGAAGGUCCCACAGGUCGCUUCCUCGGCUUCUGGGCGGCCAUGGUCCAGGCCUGCUUCGCGUACACUGGCACCGAAGUAGUCGGCGUCGCUUUCGGCGAGGCUCCUAACCCGCGAAAGACCAUCCGCAAAGCCGUUCGCCAAACACUCUGGCGCAUCGUCUUCUUCUACAUCAUUGGCGCCCUCGUGUUGGGCAUGUCUGUCCCGUAUACCAACGACCUGCUCAUCGGCGGCACGAAGAAGAGCACCGGCGCGGCUGCGAGUCCUUUCGUGAUCGCGGUGCAGCUCGCCAACAUCCCCGUUUUUCCUCACGUCGUCAACGGGUGUCUGCUCAUCUUCGUCAUUAGUGCGGCCAAUUCGGAUAUCUACAUCGGAUCCCGCACCCUGUAUGGACUUGCUCGCGACGGUCAGGCGCCUAGGAUCUUCACCAAGACGACAGGAGCUGGAGUUCCCAUCAUUGGUGUUGCGGCCACGAGCGUCUUUGCCGCGCUUGCGUACAUGAACGCGGCCAAGAGCUCGUCCCAAGUAUUCGGAUAUCUCGUCAGCUUGGUGACUGUCUUCGGCACUUUGAACUGGGUCAGCGUUCUUGUAAGCUACAUCCAGUUUACGAGGGGCAUGCAGGCCCAGGGCAUUCCCCGAAGCAUCAUGCCUUACCGAGGACCGCUGCAGCCCUAUGGUUCUUAUGCUGCUCUCCUCAUAACGGUCCUCGUUGUCUUCUUCAAUGGAUACAAUGCCUUCAUCCCGAAGUUUACUGUGUCAACCUUCAUGACGUCUUACAUCGGAAUCGCCAUAUACGUUGUGAACAUCAUCAGCUACAAGCUGUACGCGAAGACCCAAAGGGUCAGUCUCGGCACAAUGGACCUGCACAGCAACAGGCUUGAGGAUGACGGGGCCAAGUAUCCGAGCACAUUAGAAAAGGCUGCUUCGUGGGUGAUGCAAGUCACAAAGCGGUAA